ACGUCGCUUUGUGCUUUGUGUACAUAAAUGUUUAUCUCGAUGCUGUUUACUUCAUAGUGAAGGUUUUCGCUUACCAUUUGAUAAAUAUUUCUUAAGGAGCAGACACGGUAAAAUGGGUGAUCGCUACAACAUCCACAGUCAGUUAGAGCAUUUGCAGAGCAAGUAUAUCGGAACGGGUCAUGCGGAUACUAACAAGUUCGAAUGGCUCACGAAUCAACACCGGGACUCGCUAGCUAGCUACCUGGGUCACUACGAUAUGCUGAGCUAUUUUGCGGUUGCAGAGAACGAGUCCAAAGCUCGCAUCAGAUUCAAUAUCAUGGAGAAAAUGUUGCAGCCGUGCGGACCGCCACCAGACAAACCAGAGGAUUAAGUUGUUCGAUUUCUUUCAAUGAAUAAAAUAUAAUGGCUGAGUUUCUCAUGACUGCGAAUCAACCGAAA